GCUGCAGAUGUCAGAACAUAAAUCCCCUCUCCCUCUCCGCUUCUAAAUAGUUCUUAAUUCCACCCUUAAUCUUCUCCGCCAUAGAUGAACGAGCUCCAGUGAGUGGUUGCGGCGAGAGAUUUCUAAUCCGUGGAUUCGAUUUUUGAAAGGUGUGGGAAAGUGAUUUUUGAAAUGGGUCUUUUUCUUUGGGUCUUCUCCUUGAUUUCAGCCGCAACCCUUUUGAGCCACUGCUCCUUUUCUCUCACUGAAGAUGGUUUGACAUUGUUGGAAAUCAGAAGUACUUUGAAUGACAGUAAGAACUUCCUCAGUAAUUGGAGCCCUUCGGAUGAAUCUCCCUGCCAAUGGACCGGUAUCGCUUGUCAUCCCCAGGACUCUCGUGUCAGCUCAAUUAAUCUUCCAUUCAUGCAGCUUGGAGGGAUAAUAUCUCCCAGCAUUGGGAAACUUAGUAGAUUGCAGAGGCUGGCUUUCCAUCAGAACGGCUUACAUGGAUAUAUUCCCAAUGAAAUUGCCAAUUGUUCUGAACUUAGAGCCGUGUACCUGAGGGCUAAUUAUCUUCAAGGUGGCAUACCAUCAAAUAUUGGGAAUCUUUCUUACCUUACCAUACUUGAUUUAUCAAGCAAUUCCCUUAAGGGCAGCAUACCAUCAUCAAUUGGUCGACUCACACGCUUGCGCAGUCUGAACUUGUCUACCAACUUUUUCUUUGGAGAAAUCCCAGAUAUUGGAGUUCUGAGCACCUUUGGGAACGACUCGUUCCGUGGUAAUCAAGAUCUUUGUGGGCGGCAAGUGAACAAGCCAUGUCGGACCUCACUGGGGUUUCCUGCCGUUUUACCACACGCUGAAAGCGAUGAAGCCACAGUUCCUGUGAAACGAUCCUCUCAUUACAUCAAAGGAAUAUUAAUUGGAGCAAUGUCGACAACGGGGCUAGUGUUGGUCGUACUUCUUGCUUUCAUGUGGGCUCGUUUGCUAUCGAAGAAAGAAAGAGCUGCCAAGAGUUACAUGGAAGUUAAAAAGCAAAAAGAUCGCGAACAAAGUGCAAAGCUUAUUACAUUCCAUGGGGAUCUACCGUACCCAACAUGUGAGAUCAUAGAAAAGCUGGAGGCCCUUAACGAAACAAAUGUUGUUGGCUCUGGAGGUUUUGGCACCGUGUAUCGGAUGAUCAUGAAUGAUUGUGGAACAUUCGCUGUAAAGAAAAUCGAUAGGACUCGAGACGGUUCAGACCAAGUAGUCAAAAGAGAGUUGGAGAUAUUGGGAAGCAUUAAACACAUUAAUUUAGUGAAAUUGCGUGGUUAUUGCAGGCUUCCUUCUUCAAAGCUUCUUAUAUAUGACUAUCUGGCCGCGGGUAGCUUGGAUGAUUUCUUGCACGAGCAUGGACAAGAAAAGUCUUUGGAUUGGAGUGCUCGGUUAAACAUAGCGCUUGGCUCCGCUCGAGGAUUGGCGUACUUGCACCAUGAUUGCUGUCCAAAGAUUGUUCACUGUAACAUAAAAUCCAGCAACAUUCUUCUCGACGAGAAGUUAGAGCCACACGUAUCCGACUUUGGUCUCGCAAAACUUUCGGUUGAUGGGGAUUCCCAUGUCACAACUGUUGUUGCUGGCACAUUUGGUUAUUUGGCUCCAGAAUACUUGCAAAGUGGGAUAGGAACUGAGAAGUCAGAUGUUUAUAGCUUUGGAGUUCUCUUGUUGGAGCUUGUAACAGGGAAGAGACCUAGUGAUCCAUUUUUCUCAAAGAGGGGAUUAAGUGUUGUUGGUUGGUUGAACUCGCUCCGGGGAGAAAACCAGAUGGAGAAUAUAGUGGAUAAGAGGUGCAAGAAUGCAGAUGCCGAAACCGUAGAAGCGAUUCUUGAAAUCGCAGCAAGGUGCACUGAUGGCAACCCUACAACACGACCUACAAUGAACCAAGUACUGCAGCUGCUAGAGCAAGAGGUAAUGUCGCCAUACCCGAGCGAUUACUCCGAGUCUCAGUCGGAUCAUUCGUGAAUGGAAGUAACUUGGUGUCUUGUUCACUCCAAGCAACAUGUUAAGAAAAACUGGAUAACAAGUUUGAGUCAGAUAGUUUUGAACCCACGUUCUUGUUGGGAGAGCUGAGUACAUGUAAGUUUCAGUCUAAUUCGAACACUUCCCUGUGAUUUUGGAUUUUCUUGUCCGAAAUUGAGCAUUAAAAUCUUAUUCUUGAAAGAAA